GCGUUGCGUUUCUCCCGGAAUUAUUUUUCUGGUGGACGCAAAUAGCUACCUAGUUGGGAAGGUAGUGGCACUUGGUCUAAUCAGUUUCCUGGUAUGGAAAUCCAACUGCUUUUCUAGAAUAGAAUACAAUAGGAAGGGCUAACAGAAAAAUGACACAAAAUCAUGUGUCAGGGAUGGAGACGUCCGCCAUCUCUGUCCUAAAGCGGGCAGUGGAGCUGGACCAUAGCGGCCGCUUCCAAGAAUCGUUAGUCUGCUACCAGGAGGGCAUCCAGCUGCUCAUGGACGUGUUGAGAGCGGUGAAAGAUGAUUUAAAGAGAGGACACUACAGGGAGAAGAUUAAGGGCUAUAUGGACAGAGCAGAGCAAAUCAAAGCCCAUGUGAACCAGAUCAAAGACGACGGGAAAUACCAUGAGCAAAUUAGAAUAUCGGAAGACGCCACUGGUUACAGUUACGAGUCUUUGUUCAAGCCUUACAUCAGCAGUGCUCUUACAGAAGUGUGGAUAGAAGACCCAUACAUACGACACACCCACCAGUUGUACAACUUACUGAGGUUCUGCGAGAUGCUGCUUAAGGCGCCCUGUAAGGUGAACGUGGUCCAUCUCCUCACUUCACAGGAUGAAGCUGACAGCAGCCAACAGAACAGCGCUCUGGCAGAGCUGAAAGAGAGCCUUAGAGUGCAGGGAGUAACUCUGGAUCUGCGAUAUUCCUCAACUAUUCAUGACAGGGAAAUCAGGUUUGACAAUGGUUGGAUCAUAAAGAUUGGAAGAGGCUUGGAUUAUUUCAAGAGACCAAAGGGCCGAUUCUCUAUUGGUUACUGUGACUACGACCUCAGGCAGUGCCAGGAGACCACCGUAGACAUUUUUCACACCCAACACACCAAAACAGUUGGAGAUUCAUGAAAUGCAAAUUGCCUUUUUUGGAAUAAUUUGCUGUAAAUAUGCUCAAGUCAAGACAAAUCCACACAGAUGCAGGUGUGUUUCACUGAAUUUGCCUUAGUAUACAAAUAUAUGUGACCUGCCUCAUGACCAGUUUGCCACUUAACAAAUUGUAUUUAUUAUGUUUUUAUUAUUUGCUAUUUGUCAUUUUGUUGUUUAAUUGCUCUUCCUGAAUGGUCUUUUAAGUGACAUUUUUAACUUCUCAUAAAGAUCUUUUAUAAUA